UCUUUCUGUUUUCGGAUUUUUUUUUAAAUUAAUCUACGAUUUGCCUUGGUUAUGAAUAGAAAAUAGAGCAGAUUCCGCGGUCAAAGAUGGAUACGGACAAGUUGAAUCGAGAGCUGCAGAUCUUCCGGAACCACGUGAAGAUCGCCCGGGAGAACGUCAUCCACAAGCUGGUACGGGACAUUAAAUUUUGGAAGGCGAAACAGGAAACCAACGCCGAUAACAAGCGAGCUUCGAAGAAGGUGGAAUCGCUGGAAGCGUUGAUUGGCCACAUCAAGUCGCAAUCGGCCUCGGAGCUGGCCAAGGCCGUCAUUCGAUUUAAACCAAAAAAGAGCACCGGCUGCGGUGGCUUGGAGGAACGAGCUCUGCUGAGGUUUCACGAAAACAAUAAACUUCAGCCGGAAGUGAAAACGUUGAUCAGGAGGUUCGGGUUGAACAGCAAACUGGAAGUGCUGGAUAAGUAUCUGAAGAAUCGGGGGGACGGCAAAAAGGCGCAGGCAGGGAAGAAAACGACCAAAAGGAAAGACAAGCCUAAGAAGGCGGCGAAGGAGAAAAAGGAAAAGCAAGAGUCGGAGGAUCAGGGAUUUUGCGAAGCGGACGAUGGUCGGGAGUCAAUGGGAAGCGCUUCCGGUUUGGAAUCGUCGCAUGGCGACGAUGAUAGUGAGGAGGAAGAAACAGGGAAGUUUGUUAAAUUGGCUCUGAUUAAAGAGAGGACUGUGAAGAAGGAACAAGUUCCAAAAAAAGGGGAGAAAAAGCUGAAAAAGAAGAAGGAAUCCAAACCUUCAGAGGAUGACGAUACUGAGAAUAAAUGCGUUCAAGUUCAGGAUAGCUUUUUCGUGACGAGUUCGGGCCAAACCUACGUAGCAACCGCUCCGGUUGUGGAUAAGAAACAACGCGAGCAGGAGGAGAAAGAAGAGUUCAGCUGGAAGCGAUCCAACAAGCGAAAGGAUAUCCUCGGGAAGAUGGAAGAAAGGCCUCAGAAGCGACCCUUCAGUAGCAGCAAGGAAGCUGGGGAUAAUUAUGACGAUAUCCAUCCGUCCUGGAAGGCUAAGCAGCAACAGAAAGGCAUCACACAAUUCCAAGGCCAGCGGAAGCGCUUCGAUGAGGAGGAAUCGUUCCCGAAAAGAUCGAACAACACCCAAGAAGAUCCAGAUCUCCAUCCCUCGUGGGCUGCUAAGCAGAAGCAACGAAAUAUUCAACCUUUUGCGGGGAAAAAGAUCAAAUUUGACGCUGCCGAAGAAAGUGCGGGUCCAGCCGGGGAAGACCUGCAUCCAUCGUGGGCGGCCAAGCAGAAACAGAGGGGCUUUAAACCGUUCGCCGGGAAGAAAAUCGUUUUCGAUUCAGGUGAGCAGACGGAACCGAAGCAGCAGUCAACAGAGGACCUACAUCCGUCUUGGGCCGCCAAGCAGAAGCAGAAGGGACUAAAACCGUUUCAGGGUAAGAAGAUCGUGUUCGAUGCCGACGCGGAGCGAAGCGUGGAAACUCCAGCCCCGUCCGACUUGCACCCUUCGUGGGCUGCCAAGCAGAAAGAGAAGGGUAUCCAGGAGUUUCAAGGUAAAAAGAUCACAUUCGGCGACUAGGACUGCAAUUCGAAAGGUACAUGCACUUGCGUUGUUACAUAACUUCUACUUUGCAUAACUUUAAUUACUUUAAAUGGAAUAAAUACGUUGUAAGAUAG